AUGAUUUAUAUAGGCGCAUCGGGCUGUGGAAAAUCAACAAUUAUCCAACUGUUGCAACGAUUCUAUGAUGUAACAAGUGGUCGAAUACUUCUUAAUGGCACUGAUAUUCGAGAACUAAACCUUCAUUGGGUUCGUUCUCAAUUCGGUCUUGUCAGUCAAGAACCUAUUUUGUUCGAUUUAACAAUUGCUGAAAAUAUUGCAUAUGGCUUAGAAAAUGUUUCAAUGGAAGAUAUUAUCAAUGCAGCAAGUACAGCUAAUAUUCAUCAUUUUAUUGAACAAUUGCCUCAGGGUUAUGAAACAAAGGUAGGAUUGAAAGGAAGUUUUCUAUCAGGUGGCGAGAAGCAACGUAUUGCUAUUGCUCGAGUUCUUCUUCGUCAACCUAAAGUAUUGCUUUUGGAUGAAGCUACAAGUGCCAUGGAUUCACAGAACGAACAAAUUGUACAAGAGGCUCUUGAAAAAGCUCAAAGAGAAGAUCCUAGUCGAACAUCAAUCAUUAUCGCUCAUCGUCUUUCAACUAUUCGUUCAAGUGAUUUAAUUUGUGUACUUGAUAGAGGACAUAUAGUGGAAAGCGGUACUCAUACAGAAUUGACACAAAGAUGUGGUGCUUAUUAUAAAAUGCUUGCUCAAAACAAUAUGCAAUAA